AGCACAUGGCAUACAAAACAAAGACACAAGAAUAGCAAUUGCUAGCUAGAACCAUGUCUUCGACAUCCCAAUCCGAAAGCAAACCGGGGACCAAGCGGGUACUUACCAAUGCAUUGGUUGUGAUAGGACUAUUCACGAUAACAAAUAUUACCCGGCUGGAUCCACAGAGGGUUCUAGCGAAUCUGAACUCGGUCGAUACCUACUAUCGGUUCUACCAGCAUGACCACCAAACUGCCAAACCCAAGAACGACGGAAAAUCAGCACGAUUGUUGACCAGGACCAAUGAUCUGCUUCCGUUGCAAACUCUUACCAGAGGCGACGACGUUUCUUCUCUAGAGUGUCCGGCACCCUUGAUACCCCUUCCCAACUACAUUCCCAAUCGUACCAACAACACAGCAACACCACGUCGCAUUCCCCGAAUCAUCCACAUGACCAUGAAAUCUCGAUGUGCUCCCCAAGAUGUCGUAGAAACCUUGGACCGCUGGAAGACGCAGUUUCCCUACCAUGAAAUCUACUUUCACGACGACGAGGCCGUGGAUGCGCUCUUGGAUGGAGACUGGCACGAGUUUCCUCAUCUUCGUAAACUCAUGAACUGCGUCAAGUACAAGGGAGCCAUGAAGAUUGAUGUUUGGCGCAUUCUCGUGGUCUACUUGUACGGUGGCAUGUAUACCGAUAUCGAUGUGUGGCCAUCAACACAAUUUACCGAAACCCAGCCCAUUGGUGUCAACGACGAUGCCUUUUUUAUGAGUGACAACUGGAACCGACCGAGUCAAUGGUUCUUUGCCAUGAUACCCACACACCCCAUUGCCUACUUUACCCUGUACGAGAUCAUGGCACGGUUACGCGCUUUGGACAAUCUCGCCACGGUCAAGGUGGUCUUUGUGACGGGACCCGAUGCGCUCAAGCACGGAUACGGACAAGCCUUGUCGUGGGGAUUCGUACCCAAUGGACCAAAGGUGGAUAUUUUUCAAGCGGGAACACAUGUCGGUUAUCACAACAAGACGGCCACCAAAGUUGCCCGCAGCGACGUCUACACGAUACCGGGAGGCAUGAACGAAUUGGUCCCGCACAAUGGGACCAUGAUCUCCAAAAAGGAGCGAUUGCACCUUCAAAGUGGUAUCAUUCAUUGGGCGUACAUGGAUCGAAGCAAUGUCUAUCAAGGAUCUUGCAUUCAAUAUCUGUACGAUUUGGACCACGAGGACCACCAACAAUAUUAAUAGUCGCAGGCAGUCCAGUAGCCAAGAAAACUAAAGUACUUAAAAUUCAGUGCCUUCUAGCUAGCGGGUGAAAACGCAGG